GUAUGCGAUUGCAACUGCAAGGAUAACCGAAGCCUGCGACUGCGUAACUAACGUCAAUGGAGAGGACUCGGCGAUUGAACUGGAUAAGAUGCCCGCUCUGAAAAUCCAUUCCGCAGAAAUUUUCACUCACCGGCGCCCUCCUCCACUUUCUUCACCUUCCGAUGGAGUUCAGCUACAGCUUCGUCUCCAUUAGAAGAACUCCCAGUAUCUUAGCCAGAGUUUUCAGGCCCGCCUUUUCACUAUCCACCUCUCAUGAAUCGGCGUCCGUCCGAAUCGCUACUUCACAGGCCCUCCAGAACGAAACCCUCAGAGUUCUAGAAUGGAGUUCUAUCUGUAAGCAACUCUCCACGUUUACAUCGACCUCCAUGGGCUUUGACGUAGCUCAAAAGGCUAACAUCCGAAUUGGCCGGACGAGGGAGGAGAGCCAAAAGCUUCUGGAUCAGACGGCUGCAGCGGAAGCUGUGGUUUCCAGACAGUUGGAUUUUUCAGGAAUCGAAGAAGUCUCUGGAAUUUUGAAUUCGGCAACUUCUGGAAAAUUGCUUACAGUAGCUGAACUGUGUUCGGUGCGACGAACUCUGAAAGCUGCGAGGGAGUUGUUCGAGGAACUGGAGGCUUUAGCUGCUGGUGGCCAGUCUUCAGAUAGGUACUUGCCCUUGCUUGAAAUACUUCAGAAUUGCGAUUUCCAGGUGGAAUUGGAGAGCAAAGUUGGAUUUUGCAUCGACUGCAAUUUCUCAAUUAUUCUUGAUAGAGCCAGUGAAGACUUGGAGCUCAUUCGCUUGGAGAGGAAGAGAAAUAUGGAAGAGUUAGAUUCUCUGUUGAAGGCAGUAUCCUCUAAGAUUUAUCAGGCGGGUGGAAUCGACAGACCUCUGAUAACGAAGCGCCGAGCUCGAAUGUGUGUUGCUGUUAGAGCUUCUCACAAAUAUUUGCUUCCAGAUGGAAUUGUAUUGAGCACCAGCAGUUCUGGCGCCACUUACUUUAUCGAACCCGGGGAUGCAGUGGAUUUGAACAACAUGGAAGUUAGGCUUUCAAAUUCUGAGAAGGCUGAGGAAAUAGCCAUUUUGAGUAUGCUUACAGCUGAAAUAUCAGAGUCAGAAAGUGAUAUAAAGUAUUUAUUGGAUAGAAUUAUUGAACUUGAUCUUGCUUUGGCCAGGGCUGCUUAUGCUCGAUGGAUGAGUGGGGUUUGUCCAUGUUUCUCACCCAAGGGGUAUGAAGGCUUAAAUUAUGGUAUAACUGACAAUACAUUAUCCGUAGAUAUUGAUGCUAUUCAGAACCCAUUGCUGCUCAACUACUCUCUAAAAAGUUCAUCAGAUAAUGUUUUAUCUCACUCUGAAAAUGUAGGUCAAUUUGACAAGAGAGAUAAUGCAAUGAAUAGUGAAGGUUUUUCAGGAAGCUUCACUGAUUUUCCAGUGCCAAUAGACAUUAAAAUUAAGCAUCAAACUAGAGUGGUUGUGAUUUCAGGACCUAAUACAGGAGGCAAAACUGCAUCCAUUAAGACGUUGGGCCUAGCAUCUCUUAUGGCUAAGGCUGGCAUGUACUUGCCUGCUAAGAACCUCCCAAAACUUCCAUGGUUUGAUCUUGUUCUGGCUGACGUUGGAGAUCACCAGUCUCUGGAACAAAAUCUCUCAACUUUUAGUGGGCACAUCUCGCGGAUUUGUAAAAUUUUAGAAGUAUCCUCAAAUGAAUCUCUCGUCCUUAUUGAUGAAAUUGGUAGUGGAACUGAUCCUUCAGAAGGCGUGGCUCUCUCUACCAGCAUUUUGAAAUAUCUCAAAAAUUGUGUAAACUUAGCUGUUGUGACUACUCACUAUGCGGAUUUAACUCGCAUAAAAGAUAGUGAUUCUUCAUUUGAGAAUGCAGCUAUGGAAUUUUCACUAGAAACUUUAAAACCUACUUAUAGGGUCCUUUGGGGAAGUACUGGAGAUUCAAAUGCUUUAAGUAUUGCUGAAUCUAUUGGAUUUGAUCCAGCCAUAAUAGAGCGUGCAAAGAAGUGGAUGGUGAAUCUUGCACCAGAAAGGCAGGAUGAACGUAGGUGUCUGCUAUUUAAAUCACUAAUAGAGGAAAGAGAUAAAUUGGAAGCUCAAAGGAGGAAAGCUGCAUCUCUUCAUGCUGAAAUUUUGGCCCUUUAUAACGAGAUUCAGUAUGAGGCAGAAGAUCUUGAUAAGCGUGAGACAGCCCUUAUGUCUCUCGAAACUAGACGGGCUCAGCAAGAGAUUGAGGCAAUAAAGUCCAAGAUAGAAACUGUUAUACAGAAGUUCGAAGAGCAACUGAAAAUUGUUGGUGCCGAUCAAUUUAGUUCACUGAUUAAGAAAACCGAAUCAGAAAUUGCUUCAAUUUGUGAAGCUUGUGAUCCAGCAGAGAAUUUCCGCAUCAGUGAUGCAAAUACUAAUUCUUACACACCCAAGUUGGGUGAACAGGUGUUUGUAACUGGUCUCGGGAAUAAGUUAGCUACUGUUGUUGAAGCUUCUGAUGAUGAUGAAACAAUCCUUGUGCAAUAUGGUAAAAUAAAGGUGAGAGUGAAGAAAAGCAGUGUCAGAGCACUGCCAAAUAAGGCAGCUGCAGCUAAUUCUCUCUCAUACUCUAAGAAACAGGGUCGACAGAGCAGGGAAUUUGUUAGUCAUUCAGAUGGAAGUAAGGAUGGGGAUUCUUAUGGCCCUGCAGUGCAGACCUCGAAGAAUACGGUUGACCUGCGUGGUAUGCGCGUUGAAGAAGCUUCUUACCACCUUGAUAUGGCCAUCUCUUCUAGAGGGCCAAAUUCCGUUCUUUUUAUCAUCCAUGGAAUGGGCACAGGUGCUGUUAAGGAAUAUGUACUUGAGACCUUGAGAAACCAUCCUCGUGUAGCCAAGUAUGAUCAGGAGAGUCCUAUGAAUUAUGGUUGUACAGUUGCUUAUAUAAAGUAAAUAUCAACCCUAGUUGGUGGUCUAUGUCAUGCUAAAGUUUACUACCCAUUUGCUCUUAAUUUGCACACUAACUAAUCACAUGUAUGCACAUAUUGAUGACGAGGAUGUUGGACAAAAACAAUACAGGAAGCACGUAGCUGCCUCAACUCAUUGGUUCUUUGAUAUAAAGGAAGUAUUUUACCAUUCUUUA